CAUUUGGGGGCUCAACCGUCUGAAGUUCGGUAUUGUAAAACAGAAUUAAUUGUGUUGAAACGGCGUUGAAAACCAAAUCGAGUGUACAUAACAUAUUGUCGAGUCGCGAUGAAUGUGUGUGUGCAUGUGUGUGCAUGUGAACAAUGAAAAAAACAGCUGCAAUAGAAAAAGCUAAAGUUGAAAGAGGACAGAAAUAUACGCUGCGAAGCAGAGAGACAGUGAAGACAGAAGAAGUGAAAAUCAAAUCGGUGGAACUUGCGAGAAAUAGCGCAACAAACAGAGUGAAGAAAGAAGAAGAAAAAAAAGAAUUAUUGGAAGUUGCAAGCAAUAGCACAAAGGAACAAAGUGAAAUUGAACUGGCGAAAAUGGAGCAGAUGAUUGAGCAAAAUCAAGUGAAUUUGCAACAAAUAAUUCAAUUAUUAAACUUAAAAAUUCAAGCCGAUGAAAUAGACCGGCAAGAGCCAAAAGUGUCGGUAGAAGGGUUUUCUAAAGUUGUGCCAGAUUUUGAUGGAGAGUCAGUGCCAGUGGAAUAUUGGUUUAAUAAUUUCGAGCUAAACGCAGACGCAUACGGGUUAAACGAAAAGCAAAAAUACGUAAAUGCGCGAUCGAAAAUGACAAAAACGGCUCAGUUGUUCCUUGAAUCUGUAUUUGUAUGUAGUUACGGAGAACUAAAAAGCAAGCUGUUAAAUGAGUUCAAAAGAGAAUAUGAAAGUGCAGAGAUACAUACAAAACUCAACGAAAGAAAGAAACAAGAUGUUGAAAGUUUCCAAGAAUAUGUGCUGCAGAUGAGAAAAAUUGCUGCCUUGGGUAACGUCGAAACAAAGUCAAUUAUUCGCUACAUAGUAAAUGGCUUAAAUAUUGCAAAAGAGUUUAAAUAUAACAUGUACGGCUGCAAGACUUUUGAGGAACUAAAAGAAAAAUACUGUGACUAUGAGUGUGUAAAAGAUGUUGAAAACCAAAAAGACGAUAAUAAAGAAAGAAAGCGUAACCAGAACAGCGACAACUCUAAAAACCAAUCUCGUUGCUUUAAUUGUGGUUCAGUCGAUCAUAUGCGUAAAGACUGCGUAGCUAAAACGAAGUGCUUCAAGUGUCAAGAAGAUGGACACAUUUCGUUAAAUUGUCCUAACACUGUAAAAGCCGUUCAAGUUGUUAAAGCAGAUAAGCGACUAAAAAUUAUAAAACUAAACAACGUUGAGGUAUCAUGCCUGGUUGAUACAGGAGCCGAUGUGUCUAUAGUGAAGUUCUCAGUUUAUAAACGAUUGCCUGCAGUGGAGCUCAAUAAAUGUACAUCUGUUCUGCGUGGUAUGGGAAAAGUCAGUACAAUUCCGUUGGGCGAAUUCGAAGGAGUCGUAACAGUGGACGAUGUUCAGUCGCUUCAAAAGUUCAUUGUGGUACCAGACAACAAGAUUGAAUUUGAUGCACUGGUUGGAUAUGAUUUUGUGUCAAAGUUUCAUUUUGCCCUGAAUGAAAAUGGAUUCAACUUUUCGUCGUCGUCAGCUCAGGAGGAUCACGCUGACCUUAAUCAGAUGAGUAUUUAUAAUAUCGUUGAAACAAAAGUUGAUAAAAAUGCUCCCCCGCAGUACAAACCGAGCAUUGAGUCGCUGAAGCAGCGGAGCAGCGUACGUGGCGAUGCGAGCAGCAAGGAACGCUUGCAGCUGGAGCGUGAGCUGCAGGAGGCGCGUCAACAGCUUCAAACGAGUAUUGCGACCAUGAGCGAAGCACAAAGGCGUGAGCAAAAGUUGCAGAAAGACCUAGCCAAGUUGCAACUGGAACAGCAGCAACAGAGCAGCGACAACAAGGUGGCCAUGAAGGAGCUGCAAGAGCGACUAGAGAUCACAAACACCGAGCUGCAGCACAAGGAGCAGUUGGCACGAGAAGAUGAACAAAAGAUCGCCGACUUGAAGACGCUAGUCGAGACCAUUCGGGUGGCCAAUGCCAAUUUAUCGGCCAAAAAUGCGGAGCUUUCGACAGUGCUGGAAGUGUUGCAGGCAGAGAAGAACGAAAUGAUGCAAAGCUUUGAGUUGUUCGAGAUGGAGGCGGACAUGAAUGCCGGAAGACUUGUUGAGAAGCUGCACGGCAUGAAGCAGGAGCUGGAGCAAUCGCACAGCGCACUUAAGUUGCAGAAGAGCAGCAACAAGCAGUUGCAGGAGCAACUGCAGGAGGUGCAACAAACCGAUCAGAAUUUGCAAGGCACCGCUGUCGAGGUAGCUGAGCAACUGCGUCAGCUGAAUCAGUCGAUUGGUGAAUUGCAGAAAACUGUGCAUCAAAUGCAGUACGACGAAAAGCGAAAACAGGUGUAUGACUAUAAAGAAGGUGACUUAGUUGCUGUGAAGCGAACACAAUUCCUUGCUGGGAGGAAAUUGCACAAUAAUUACCUUGGUCCAUAUGAGGUAAUAGAAGUGAAACGCAAUGGGUGUUUUGAAGUCAGAAAAGCUGCACAGAUCGAGGGGCCCAAUAUUACUAUCACAAGUUCUGACAAUAUGAAGCUGUGGCAGUACGUCGGGUACAACGAUGAUUGUUUGUCGUCUGGGACAGACGAUGCUUAUCAGGAUGGCCGAAUGUGA